AACAGAUAUUACUAGAUGGAUUGAGGAUUUUAGACAGGGCCCUUCAGCUUUUACUAGGGGCCCAACAGAUAUUACUAGAUGCAUUGAGGAUGUUAGACGCGCUGCUGCGGCUUGUACAAGAUACUGUCCUUAAUUUUGAUACUGUCCUUAAUUUUGAUACUGUCCUUAAUUUUGAUACUGUCCUUAAUUUUGGACACAACCUGAUUGAUAUAGCUAAGAUGCACACACACACAUAUACACACACACACACACACACACACACACACACACACACACACAGUAUAAUCGCAGCCAAUAUAAUUGAAUAUAAUGUACAUAUAAGUGACUCAAACUUGUUUUUAUUCUUAUUUUAUUCUUAUUCUUUUUCAGCUUAUGUUUGCUAUGCAGAAAUUAAGAAGAGCAUAAAAGGGGUCGCCACAGCGGAUCAUUCUUCUCCAUACCACCCUGUCCUCUACAUCUGCCUCUUUCACACCAACUACCUGCAUGUCUUCCCUCACCACAUCCAUGAACCUCCUCUGGCAGUAGGUUUAUGUCCUACUCAAGGUCAAGUGAGUCUGGGCGUUCUAUUACACUAUCAAGUUACAAAAGCAACCUUCUUUCAACUUAGAAAUAUUUCUAAGUUAAGAAACGUUAUCUCUAUCCGAUGCAGAGAAGCUCGUCCAUGCGUUCAUGACCUCCAGAAUGGACUAUUGUAAUGCA